CUCACAGAGUAUAUGCCUUCCUGCUUCCCAUCUCAGAGCAGCUACAAGAUUUCCCGAGGAUUCUGUUGCUAGAGCUAGGCAUAAAAUCUCAUUUAUAUACACAACAACCUGCAUGUCUCCAGUUUCUAUUCCUCCUCCUUCCCUCUGCUUUCCCCUCCCCCACUUUGCACCAGAGAAGCCAAAUUUAGGCGUGCUCUACAGUAUGAGGACUAAUCUGAAAGAGGAAGAAGAAUCUGUAUACAUUGGCUAGCAUAUGUGCCCUGCCCUCUCUCUUCUUGAAAAUCGCAACUCAUCUUUUCAAAGAAGUCUGCCUAAAGAACAGGCACCCUGUGAAUGGAGUUUGCUUUUAGAACCCUCUAGGGUAUUCAAAUUCAUUGUGGAGCUCACUAAGAAAGUUAGCUCUCCAAGGGACGAUUUACAGAAGACUUGGAGCUUGCGUCUGAGAAUGAAUGCAAAAGGACCCUAAACUGUCAGUCUUGAAGGUAGCAGCUUAGGCUUCAUCUGAAAUUACAUUAUAAGAAGCACUGACCACUAACUAGGAACAUUUGUGAAAGGCACUGCAGUGUCAGAAAGAGGCACCAAGCAGACAUUCCUAGAGAAAUAUGGAUGGAGUUGGAAAUCUGACAGUUUCUUCUGGCAGUAAUAACACGUGCAAUGAUACCAUUGAUGACUUCCGCAAUCAAGUGUAUUCCACCCUGUACUCUAUGAUCUCCGUUGUGGGCUUCUUUGGCAAUAGCUUUGUGCUCUAUGUCCUCAUAAAAACAUAUCAUGAGAAGUCAGCUUUCCAAGUAUACAUGAUUAAUUUAGCAGUAGCAGAUCUACUGUGCGUGUGUACACUGCCUCUCCGUGUGGUCUAUUAUGUUCACAAAGGCAUUUGGCUCUUUGGUGACUUUUUGUGCCGCCUCAGCACCUAUGCCUUGUAUGUCAACCUCUAUUGUAGUAUCUUCUUUAUGACAGCCAUGAGUUUUUUCCGGUGCAUUGCAAUUGUUUUCCCAGUCCAGAACAUUAAUUUGGUUAAACAGAAGAAAGCCAAAUUUGUGUGUGUUGGCAUUUGGAUUUUUGUAAUUUUGACCAGUUCUCCAUUUUUAAUGUCCACAUCUUACAAAGAUGAGAAAAACAAUACCAAGUGCUUUGAGCCUCCACAGGACAAUCAGGCUAAAAAUCAUGUUUUGGUCUUGCAUUAUGUGUCAUUGUUUGUCGGAUUUAUUAUUCCUUUUGUUAUUAUAAUUGUCUGUUACACAAUGAUCAUUUUAACCUUACUGAAAAAUUCAAUGAACAAAAAUCUGUCAAGCCGUAAAAAAGCUAUAGGAAUGAUCAUAGUUGUGACAGCUGCUUUUCUGAUCAGCUUCAUGCCAUAUCAUAUUCAACGCACCAUCCACCUUCAUUUUUUACACAAUGAAACUAAACCCUGUGAUUCUGUUCUUAGAAUGCAAAAGUCAGUAGUCAUAACCUUGUCUCUGGCUGCAUCAAAUUGUUGCUUUGACCCUCUCCUAUAUUUCUUUUCAGGGGGGAACUUUAGGAGAAGGCUGUCUACAAUUAGAAAGCAUUCUUUGUCCAGUGUGACUUAUGUACCCAAGAAAAAAGCCUCUUUGCCAGAGAAAGAAGAAAUAUGUAAAGAAUAAUUUAAGCCUAUUUCUAAUGCAAAUCAAUGAAAAGCGUUUCCCUAACAAGUAUUAUCUCAAACUAUUUGUAAUAAAAAUAAGAAUUUCCAUUAAUAAUUUACAAAUACUUAAAUGAAUGUGUGCCUAUAAAUAUAUCUCAUUUAUGAAUCCACACUGUUAGGGGUCGUAAAGAUAUUUUAAGUGUUAAAAAUUCGGUCCACAACUAUGAACUAAAUUAUAAGUGGUUUGAUCAUUCACCAAAAGGUGAAGAAUAUUUUUGUCUUGGCAUUGUAAAAAAAUGGAUCUGAGAUCAAAGUUUUUCUCCUCAAAUAAAAACUUUACAAAGGAUAAGAAAUAGCUUUUUAAGAUACAAAAUUAGCAAUUAGUCCCCAGUCAUCCUAACAUAUCCCUUUGCAGACAUGUCAUCAGAUGAGAACUGGAAUAACCGAGGACCUACAUAAAAUGUCCCAUCACCCUCUUUCUUUGUAAUAUUGACUGACUAGGCAAAGUAGGGCCAUUUUUUCUCCAAAAUAGAAUAUGCAAGUGAUAGAACAGUAAUAUCCAACCAAAUAGUCCUAAAGGCCCCAUGCAAUGUGCAAUCUGGAAACUGAAGAAUAUAAGCCUGGUCAAAAACCAGUUUGUGUCCAGUUUUCUUCUGCUCCUAACCCCAGGCUCUCAAAAGAGAAUAGUGGAGUUUUUGUGGCUUAUUGACAUUAUUAUAGGUAAUUCUCUCCCUAUAUGACAUACAAUCCUUCCUUAAGAAACUAGACAACUGGCACCCCCAUAUAUAAACAAAAGUAAUUUAAAAUUUAUCUAAAGAAGAGAGAAGGGAUUCUACUUUUCUUCUACAUGCUUAUUACUGGUAUCAAAACUAGCUCCAAUAGGUUUCUGAAUAAAAAUUUGAAUGUUGAUAUUACAAAUUGUUUUAAGAAGUACUUAUAUUUAUACAACUAUGUCAGAGAUUUUGCUCUAUGAUAUACAUUUAUGAGUAGAAGUUAUGUUUUAUUAUUAUUUUAUACUUUUUACUUCUUUAUUGGCAUAUUGACAGGAGUAUCAAGGAUAUAUUUACAGUGGGUUUUAUAUUACAGUGGAAUCUUUGUUCUUAAGACACAACUUGAUUAUAGCUGAAAUAUAAUAUUCAUGGCAAGGUUUUGCUGAAGUGUGGUCUGUUCCUUUAUUCUGUGUUUCAAAAGGCACAUUACCUCAGAGGAAAUAAAUGAUAAUGGUGAAGAAAAAAAGAAAGUUAUGAAAGGAAAAGUUCUAUCUGAAUCUUCCAUGUGUAUGUUAUUUCUAUUUCACUUCUAAUGUUGCAGCCCUUUAGGAAAACACUCAAAACAGAAAGAAAGAGGACUUCUAAGGCAUAGUAAUAACUGGUGCCCACUUAUUUUUAUUUUUAACAUACCUGAGAUUUAGCAGUAUCUACACUUUUAUCCUAUACCAUUUUUCCUUGGUUGAGACAAAGAUCAAACAUACUAUUUAUCAAAAAAAUCAGUCCUCAUUUAUCAUGUACUAAGCUUUCUGUUAUUCAGUAAGUAUAGUGUGGUAGAAGAGCACUAAAUUGGAAGCUAGAACACCUGGUUGCUAAUAUUGUCUCUAUUACUUACAAGUGGUGUAACUUUAAGCAAGCGACAUGAGUUCUGAUAUUCAGCUUCCUCAUUUAUAAAAUAAGAAUAAUAAUACUUCUGCCUUAUUACAGGGCAUUUUUGAAACUCAAAUGUGAUCAUAACAUACAUACAGAUGUUAUACAGAUGUUAAAGCUUUACUUUUAAAUAAUUUUAAAGUAUAUAGAUGGUUUUGUUAAAAAUAAUGAUUCAUAUUUAUUACAUGGAUUCUAAAUUUUGAAAGAAUUAGAACAAAAUAUAGUCAUAGUGAAAUUCUAAUGCACAUAAAAGAAACUUGUGUCUUAUGCCCACCUCUAGGUGUUUUCCUAUGUUUUCACUUCCACUAGCAGUCCCACUUUCUCCCACACAGAAACAUACCAUAAUUCAAUCACCUACAAUCUAACCAUGAUUUGUUAUUCUUUAAUGUCAUUUAUUUUUGUAUCUUAUAUGAAACUGUUUAGUACUUAAUUAUUUUCCUUUUUUUUCAUAUGUGUAUGUAUUUUCUCCCAAAGUGGAAUCAUCAUUUUAUGGGAUUAUAAAUUCCUUGAGGUUGAAAAAUAUGCCUUUUAACCAUGGUACCUAAUAAUUAUUGAGCUUUUAUUCUGUUUUAAGUGCUUUAUCUAUAUCAACUCAUUUAAUGCUUACAAUUGCCCUGUGAUAUAUAUAACAUUCUUAUCCCUGUUUUGCUGACUUAAGAACCAAGGCACAAAGAAAUUAAGUAAAUGUCCAUUGUCAGGCAGCUAGUAAGGAUCAGAACUAAGAUUCAAAUCUAGGUAGUCUGACUCCAGAGCUCAAUUCCUUAAUUUUCUAUGCUAUCCUGCUGGACCAUGUUCUAUCUUCAAAAUAAAGAGUAGAAGCAAGGGUUUUUUUCAAUGAUUUAUUUAUUUUACAAAAUACAUUUAAAUAACCUACAGUCUUAAAUUGUUUACAUGAACACAUGAACCAUGAACUAAAGCCUAUGAUUUUAUUUGGAAACAAAAUCUUAAGAAUAUUGUAUACUAUCCUAGAAUAUUGACAUUAGAAGGACUCUAAUGUUUAUAAUUUCUAAUGACUAUAUAAUACCCUGUGGCAUUACCAUGACACAGUCUUCACAUACAUUUGGUCUCUAACAGUUUUUUGAAAUCCCAUCAGCUAUUCAAGUUCAUUUUCAUUAUACACUUGACUUUUUUUUUAUUUUGUUCAGCUAAUAUAGGUCUGUAUCUCAAAAAAUGAUUUCAAAUGUUAAAGCAAUGUUUUGUAUUUUGUUCUCCAGAAUAAACAUAAAUGGCUUUGUAUACUCAUCUCAGACUCUAAACUUUGGGAUUUUGGGUUCUCAAAAUCACCUGGCUUUCACUCUAAAGAUUUUUCGUUUUUAAUUGACUUUUAAAUGGCCUUUUGAGAUAAUUAAAUAUAUACCUCAAUAUCUAACUUUUACUAAUCCUUUAGUAACUCCAACAGUGAAAUUUUUUUAGGAACUUGAAAGAUGAGAUUAGAUUUUAGAGCAAUGUAAAUUUGUUGGCCCUUUUUAGUAAGUACUGUACUGGAGGUAGGAAAAGAAGCUCACUUAUUCUAUUCAUCUUCAUGUGUACAUCCUGGGUUAGAUUGCCUCGGUCCAAUACUAAAAUAGCAACAUGGAGGAAAGUUUGGGAAAAUUGCAGAGUAGGAGGAUCCUAAGCUUACCCCAUCCCAUGGAGACACCUAAAUAACAGCCACCUCAGUGCAACUAACCCAGAAAAUUACCCAAAGACUGGGAGAAUAAACAGUCCACAGUUAAUUGUAGAGAGCAGGCAACAUCAAAAAUGGUAGGAAAGUCAGACACCCACUUGGAAACCAAACUUCUGGUGAGACUAACCACAAAUGAGAGGGAUACCACAAACACAAAGAAAGAAGAGGAACAGACCUCAAAACAGGCACCCCAGACAUGAGGACCUGCAAUGGGAAGACAAGUCCAUAUAAAACUUGGUUUUGUAAACCAGUGGAGCUUAACUUCAUGAGUUGUUACAAUCAGUGAGGCUUAACUUUAGGUAUUUUAAAAAUCAGCAGGCUUAGCUCUGGGAAAGCUGGAGGAUGAUAGGAAAAUGAAUCCCCACCCUUAAAAAAACAGUACAAUAAACAAUUCUGGCAAGAUACAGCAUAGAAGCAGGAAACUGAAAAAUACCUGGUUAUAUGGAAUGGAGAUUUAUUUACUAAUCUGAGAACUUGCACUUGAGGGACAAGAAUCUUUAGAAGAUUUAUCCAAGAACAAAAGAGUGGGUAGGCACCAUUUCUGCAACCCACCCUCCAACCUAGAUACCCAGAUACCUGCAUGAACCAGCAUGAACACUUGCCACAUAGCUUGCUAACACUGAGCUCACCAUACCCGUGGUCUCCCACAGACUUGCCCCACCAAACCCAACCCACUUGUAGGAGUUCCUCCAAAGUGGCUCUGACCAGUUCUCAUUCUAUAUACCCCAACAGUGACUAGUACCCCUCCAAAGUGAUGCUUGCCCUGAAAAAAAAUGGGAAGAUAAACACCCACAUGAGUUCAACUUUAUCCCCAUUAGUGGCCUAGAAGCAGAUCACUGAACUGACUUCAGGACCUGCCCACCAACAAAAACCUCACAAAAAGAAGCAUAAAAAUAAAGCCCUGUAGUUUAAAGUCACUGAAAACUCCACAGAUGUACUGUAGGCAGACAUGUGGUCUGACGGCAAGACCUGCCCACCAAGAGAAGCCUCUCAGGGGACAACACAGCAAUAGCACCCUGCAGUUCAAUGUGACCCAAACCUCAGCAAAUGGGCUGAGGGCAUACUUUUGGUCUGACCCAACUACAACCCAAAAGUGUCCCAGCCUGACCCAUUAAAAGCACAAGGAUCGAACCAUUCUUGCAAAACAAAGAGGUUUUCGCAGCUGACUGGACUGAAGACAAACACAACUCAACCAAACAGUAGGGUACAUGCAACACACAUAAGAGACACCACUGAAGCACCUUGUUCUGGUGCACAAGGGUACAUGGCACUACAAGGCAUUGCAAGACCUCUUCCUAAGACCAGUAUUUUCAAGAUCAGGAGACAUGGCUGACUUUCCAAAUACAUAGAAACAAACAGAGAGUUAGAUAGAAGAAUAUGUCCUAAAUGAAAGAAAAGGGGAAAAAAACACCAUCAAAAAGCAAAAUGAAUCAGAGAUAAGCUAUAUACCUGAUAGAGAAUUCAAAGUAAUGGUGAUAAAGAUACUCACUGAACUUGAGAAAGGAGUGGAGGAUCUCAGUGAGACAUUCAAAAGAGAUUGAAAAUGUAAAAAAAUAAACAAUCAGAGAUGAAGAAUAACAUAAAUUAACAAUAUACUAAAGGGAAUAAAUAAUAGACUAGAAAAUGCACAAGAAUGGAUCAGCAAGAAGGAUGACAAUAAUAGAAAGCAAUCAAACUGAACAAAAAAUAAUAAAUGAAAAUGUGUUAAAGGAACUUGGUGACAUCAAGUGUAAUAACAUGUGCAUUUUAGAUGGGUCACCCAUUUAGAUGGGUCAGUUAAGUGGACAGCUAUUGAUUUUGGCUCAGGUCAUGAUCUCACAGUUUGUGAGAUCAUGCCCCAUGUCAGGCUCUGCACUGACAGAAUGGGGCCUGCUUGAGAUUAUCUCUCCUCUCUCUCUCUGUCUCUGUCUCACAUGCUCUCUCUUUCUCUGAAAAUAAAUAAAUGAACAUUAAGAAAAACAUUUGCAUUAUAGAGAUACCAAAAGGGGAAGAGAAAGAAAAAGGGGCAGAUAAUUUAUUUGAAGAAACAAUAGUUGAAAAAUUCUUUAAUCUGGGAAAGAAAACAGAUAUCCAGAUCCAGGAGGCACAGAGAGACCGCCAACAAAAUCAACUGAAGGAGAUCCACACGAAGACAUAACAGUAAUCAAAAUGGCAAAAGGUAGUGAUAAAGAUAGAAGUUUAUUUUUUUUAACUUUUUAAAUAUCCAUUUAUUUUUGAGAGAGAAAGAGAGAGAGAGAGUGCAAGUCGGGGAGGGGCAGAAAGAGAAAGACACUGAAUCUGAAGCAGGCUCCAGGCUCUAAGCUGUCAGCAUAGAGCCCCACAUGGGGCUCGAACCCACAAACCAUGAGACCAUGUCCUGAGCUGAAGUUGGACGCUUAACCAACUGAGCCACCCAGGUGCUCCAAGAGAGAACUUUAAAAGCAGCAAGAGAAAACAGUUACAUACAUAAAAAGGAAACUCUACUGAGCUAUCAGCUGAUAUUCUUUAGCAAAAAAAAAAAUUGCAGGACAGAAGUGAUUAGCAUUACAUAUUCAAAGCACUAAAAAGAAAAAAGCGUGCAGCCAAGAAUACAGCAAAGCUAUCAUUCAGAAUAGGAGAGAUAAAGUGUUUCCCAGACAAACAAAAGUUAAAGGAAUUUAUUACCACUAAACCAGCCUUACAAAAAAACUUUAAAGAGAAUUCUUUGAGUGUAAUAGAAAAGCCAUAAUCAGGAGGAAGAAAAUUGGGAAAGGAAAAAAUUUCACAGGUAAAUAAAAAUAGUAGAUUAAUCGAUCAUAAAAGCCAUAUAUGAAAGACCCAAUGUUAAUAUCAUCCUCAAUGGGAAAAAACUGAAAGCUUGACCGGGAUGUCUGGAACAUGACAGGGAUGUCCACUCUCACCACUGUUAUUAAACAUAGUAUUGGAAGUCCUAGCCUCAGCACUCAGGCAAGACAAAGAAAUAAAAGCCCUCCAAAUCGGCAAGGAGGAAGUCAAGCUUUCACACUUUUCAGAUGACAUGAUACUCUGUACAGAAAACCCAAAAGAUUCCACCAAAAACUGCUAGAACUGAUCCAUGAAUUCAGCAAAUUUCAUGAUAUAAAAUCAAUGCACAGAAAUUGGUUGAAUUCCUAUACACCAAUAAUGAAGCAGCAGAAGAGAAAUCAAGGAAUCGAUCCCAUUUACAAUUGCACCGAAAAUGAUAAAAUACCUAGGAAUAAAUCUAACCAAAGAGGUGAAAAACCUAUACACUGAAAACUAUAGAAAGCUUAUGAAAGAAAUUGAAGAAGACACGAAAAAAUGGAAAAAGAUUCCAUGCUCAUAGAUCGGAAGAACAAAUAUUGUUAAAAUGUCGAUACUACCAAAAGAAAUCUACAUGUUCAGUGCAUUCCCCAUCAAAAAUAACACGAGCAUUCUUCACAGAGCUAGAACAAACUAUCCUAAAAUUUGUAUGGAACCAGAAAAGACCCCAAAUAGCCAAAACAAUCCUGAAAAAGAAAACCAAAGCUGGAGGCAUCACAAUCCUGGACUUCAAGAUGUAAUACAAAGCUGUAAUCAUCAAGACAGCAUGGUACUGGCACAAAAACAGACAUUUAGGUGAACCUAGAAAUGGACCCACAAAUGUAUGGCCAACUAAUCUUUCACAAAACUGGAAAGAAUACCCAAUGGAAUAAGGACAGUCUCUUCAGUAAAUGGUGUUGGGAAAACUGGACAGUGACAUGCAGAAGAAUGAACCUGGACCACUUUCUUACACCAUACACAAAAAGUGAACUCAAAAUGGAUGAAAGAUAUAAAUAUAAUACAGGAAGUCAUCAAAAUCCUUGAGGAGAAAGAGGGCAAAAAGCUCUCUGACCUCGCCCACAGUAACUUCUUACUCAACGCAUUUCCAGAGGCAAGGGAAACAAAAGCACAAAUAAACUAUUGGGACCUCAUCAAGAUAAAAACCUUCUGCACAGCAAAGGAAGCAAUCAGCAAAACUAAACGGCAACAAAUGGAAUGGGAAAAUAUAUUUGCAAAUGACAUAUAAGAUAAAGGGCUAGUAUCUAAAACCUAUAAAGAAUUUAUCAAACUCAAAACCUAAAAACAAAUAAUCCAAGUGAAGAAAUGGGCAAAGGACAUGAAUAGACACUUUUCUAAAGAAGACAUCCAGAUGGCUAACAGACACAUGGAAAAAUACUCAAUAUCACUCUUCAUCAGAGAAAUACAAAUCAAAACCAUGAUGAGAUACCACCUCACACUAAUCAGAAUGGCUAAAAUUAAUAGCUCAGGCAAUGACAAAUGCUGGUGCGGAUGUGGAGAAAGAGGAACCCUUUUCCAUUGCUGCUGGGAAUGGAAACUCAUGCAGCCACUCUGGAAAACAGUAUGGAGGUUCCUCAAAAAAUUAAAAAUAGAACUUCCCUACGACCAGCAAUUGCACUACUAGAUAUUUAUUCAAAGGAUACAAGUGUGCUGUUUCAAAGAGGCACAUGCACCCCAAUAUUUAUAGCAGUGCUAUUGACAAUAGUCAAAGAAUGGAAAGAGCCCAAAUGUCCAUCGAUGGAUGAAUGGAUAAAGAUGUGGUUUAUAUAUACAACGUAAUACUACUUGGCAGUCAAAAAGAAUGAAAUCUUGCCAUUUGCACCAACAUGGAUGGACCUAGAGUGUAUUAUGAUAAUGGAAAUUAGUCAGUCAGACAAAGACAAAUAUCAUAUGACUUCACUCAUAUGUGGAAUUUAAGUACAAAACAGAUGAAGAGAAGGGAAGGGAAGGGAAGCAAAAAUAAUAUAAGAUUAGGGAGGGGGGCAAAAUAUAAAAGACUCCUAAAUAUAGAGAACAAACUGGGGGUUGCUGGAGAGAUUGUGGGUGGAGGGAUGUGCUAAAUGGGUAAGGGGCAUUAAGGAGGACACUUGUUGGGAUGAGCACUUGGUGUUAUACAUAGAGGGGUGAAUCACUGGAUUCUACUCCUAAAAUUAUUAUUGCACUAUAUGCUAACUAACUUGGAUGUAAAUUUUGAAAAAAUUUAAAAAAGAGAAAAAGAGAAAAAGGAAGGAAGGAACAUUUCAAUAUGGGGGUAGUGUUUGCCUGGAAGGAA